AUGCAGCUCUGGAACUUCACCUUAGGAAGUGGCUUCAUUUUGGUGGGGAUCCUGAAGGACAAUGGGUCUCCUGAAAUACUUUGUGCUGCAAUCACACUCCUAUACACAUUGGCCCUGAUCAGCAAUGGCCUGCUGCUCUUGAUCAUCACAGUGGAUAUCCGGCUCCAUGUGCCCAUGUACCUCCUGCUUGGCCAGCUCUCUCUCAUGGACCUCCUGUUCACAUCAGUUGUCACUCCCAAGGCCCUCAUGGAUUUUCUGUACAGAGAAAACACCAUCUCCUUUGGAGGCUGUGCCCUUCAGAUGUUCCUGGCACUGACACUGGGUGGUGCAGAGGACCUGCUACUGGCCUUCAUGGCCUAUGACAGGUAUGUGGCCAUCUGUCAUCCUCUGAACUACAUGACCUUCAUGAGACCUGGAGUCUGCUGGUUCAUGGUGGCCUCAUCCUGGAUCCUAGCAUCCCUGAGUGCUCUAGGACAUACUGUAUACACCAUGCACUUCUCUUUCUGCAUGUCCCGGGAAAUCACACACAUUCUCUGUGAGAUUCCAACCUUGCUGAAGCUGGCCUGUGCAAACACCUCCAGAUAUGAGCUCAUGGUUUAUGUGACAGGUGUGACUUUCCUCUUGCUCCCUCUUUGUGCUAUUGUUGCCUCCUACACACUAAUUUUGUUCACUGUGCUCCACAUGCCCUCAAAGGAGGGGAGGAAGAAAGCACUUAUCACCUGCUCCUCCCACCUGACUGUGGUUGGGAUGUUUUAUGGGGCUGCUACACUCAUGUAUGUCCUACCGAGUUCCUUCCACAAUCCCAAACAGGACAAUAUCAUUUCUGCUUUCUACACAAUUGUCACCCCAGCCCUGAACCCCCUUAUUUACAGCCUAAGGAAUAAGGAGGUCAUGGGGGCUUUGAGGAGGGUUCUGGGAAAAUAUGUGCCCCAACACACCCCUUCCUUUUAG